AUGCCUCUCCUCAAUGGGUUCCCCCUUACACCAGUAACCGAGACCAUUCAAGCAACUUCCUCCAGUCUUUUUAGCAUUCUCCUCACGAACGAUUGCUUCUCAUCCUACUCCGACUACAUCACUAGGGUUCGCCAGCUUCAAAGCCCACUCUUUCAGUGUGUUACUACUAUGGCUACCGGCCUCAGCUAUCCGGAGGCGUUAACCAGCGAGCUGAGAGCUAUCCAUACCAUCAGGCGCUUGCCCUCCUUUAUUAUACUCCACUUCAUACCGCUACUCGUGAACAAGGCCAUGUCCAGUUACCUACUCCCUCUUCUUCUGCUCCCUACCGGUGAGAACGCCACGAUAGACGAGUCUAAGCGUCGAUAUUUCUGUCAAAUCAAAGAGCUGUACCAUGAAUGUCUCCACAACCUUCCAUUCGUCGGAGAGCCCGUUCUUCUUUCUAAUAAGCGCAUUGGUAUCAUAGUUCAUGGAUCAAACCUUUUUUCCGCAGCAUUUGAAAGCCCCCAGGGCCAACAGGCCACUCUAAACUGCUCGUCAGCCGAGUAUUGCGUUGCAGUGGAGAUAUCUGGAUCUUGGGCCAUAAGUUACAUGAGGGAUGUUGAGUCUGUCCUGGGUCACCAAUUGAAAGAUGUGAUUGACUCUCUUGAUGAGCCGUGCUUCACCUACACAGAUGAAGAUUCUGGGCUAGAUCUGUACAUCUUAAAAGAGGGGUCUUAUGCCAGGUACACAGUAACGUAUGAUGAUGGUGAUGCCUCUCUUUUUGACUCUCCAUCCGUCUAUCCCUUGACAGCCUCUCAGUUUGAAUACCUUUGCCUUUUGCUCAGAUACUUCUUCAAUAGCAAGGGAGCUAUUCCACCCGAAGUAUACCAAAAACUCCUUACCCUGGUUGAUCACAUUAAUUUGAAAAUAGGAGCAGUCAAACAGUCUGUUCAAGCUCAGCUGAACAAGUGCACAGACAUUAAAGAUAUAAAAAGCGUGUUUUCUUCCAAAGGACUUGACACCACAGGAAUUCUCGAGCUAUACAUGUGCAUCCUUGACGUUCAUGCUACUAUUCAACCAGUUCUUACGACCUUUCAGACCGAUUGGCUAUUUGACUCAUGGAACAGAGCAAUACACACUCUCUACCCACUACGGCCAGAUAACAAUCUGCUGGAGCUGAUUGCAGAUAGAAACAUGUUCAAGUCACAGGUCAUGGGUGCAAACGUUUCGGUCGUAGGAAAGGUUAGCAGCUAUGAGAUUGACGGCCAAAAAUUUUUUAUUGAUGAUUCCUUGGCUCUUUGCGAAGGUGAGCGUCGUAUCCCUAUUCGCAUUUCCUUCGUACCGGAUCCGCACGGCGCCGGAUUGAAAAAAUAUCUUGAUACUAAAAAUAAAAUAAAGCGACAAGAUAACACAUCUUCUUCGCAAGAUGAGAGUGAGUCCAUAGACAUUCUGGUAACACCUUCUCGACGGGACUCUUCCGGCAGAGGCUCACGAGACCCCACUGGCAAGAAGAACACCGCACCAUCUACUAAGCCUGUGCAUGGUGAGCAAGAUAAUACUAAUGAUAACGAUGACAACGACGGGCCUUAUGAUUCAGCUGUCAUGGACACCGCCACAUCCUCUGGUGCCAAGCGAUCUGGCGAAAAGACGAAAGGGAAGAGGGCGCCUAAUGGCUGUCGAACUAUUAAUGGGGAAAUUGUUCGGCUCAAAGACCAAGUAACUAUGGAGGUCCAGCCCGAGUGCAUGCAACUUCAAUCUCGCAUCAUGCUCAAAGAUGAUAUGGACAUCAUCGACUGCCCCCACAACGAAUCCAAGCGCGCAGCUAUCUUGCUCCAUGAGCCUCUUGAUAGACUAGUAAGUAAGGUUGAUGACUCUGACUAUGAGGAUAUCACGGAGCUGAGUGCUAUGUUCAAGACAGCAGACAAAACAUCCGGGCUCUGCCAGAUUCUCUACCCGCGUGGUGAGGACAUUCAGGCGUUAUACACAAGUGUUAAGGACAUGCCUUCCCAUUUGUUCCAGUUAAAGUACAAGUACACAAGACCGCCUGACACACCACUCUAUGCACCGUUUCGAGAUGACAGUAUCAAUAAAGACAGCAUAUCAAUGUCCCUGCUGAUGACGGUCUGGGCGUUUUUGCAAGCUAACACGCUUUUUCUAAAGCUGCCCUUUAUCAGUCUUGAAGAUUUUUCUGAUGCUCUCGAUGUCACAGAUCAGUUUGGUUAUAAACGUCAACUGCAGUACCGGUCUUUAACUCCUGAGGAGCUUAAGCAAGCUGAGGAGGAAGAUAUUAAGGAGUAUUAUUUUGAGAAGUACCACUUGACAGAUAAGAAAGACCAAUUGGCUUCAACCUUUCCGGUGUUUAAUGGUGAUUUAAUUUCUCCAAUACUAUAUCUUGUUAUGAGUCGGUUGGUCUCUCUUCUAUACGAUGGAGAAGAGGAGAUUGUAGAUGAAGUUCCUUAUGAAUAUACACGAAAGACCUCACUGGUACGGAGAACAGUAUCAACAUCAUCAACAACAUCAGCAACAGUAGUAAGAGCUGCCACGGCAGCGGAUGCGAUCAGCCGAAGCCCCACAGAGUCCGCUGGGUCUGCUACGGAGAUCUCCACUGCACAUGAAAACGUGAGCAGUGACGAUCUGUCGUCGGGUGCUGAUAAUAAGCAGUCGCAAGAGGGCACCAAAAGCACUGAGUACUCGUACUAUGAAACUGAGUAUUCGUCAACAGAAGAUGAUAUCCAUGAGCAGCUGGAGAAAAAGAAGCCUCCGCCAAAAGCGGUAAAGAAGUCCCCCAAGUCGACGUCUAAUGUAUCUGUCCGUGUUUCUGGACAAGCUAACUCGAGGACCCCUCGGAAAGGACCAGCAUCUAAUAGUAUCAAAUCCAAACGGAACACACAAGUCUCCGAUGACUCAGCAGACGAGUACAGCGGCGAAUAUAGUUAUACAGAUUAUACAUACUCCGAUGGCGAAGAAGAAACGUCAUAUUCUACUACGGAUAACGUGGGCAGUUCACAGAGAUCGGACCAGCGGACUACUGGGAAAAGAAGGAUAGCAAACGCAAAGGAAAGGUCUAGUCGCAGUGGGCGCCUGAGCACACGAUCAGAAGACCAAGGCUCUGAAAACCGAACAGAGGGCUACUACUGUUCAACGGAUAUAAGCUAUACAGAUGAGUGGGAUGACAUUGAUGGAAGCAAAGAUACUUACUGGUAUGACCAGGCUUUGCGGUAUCUUCUGUCUCGCAUCAACGAAAGUGAUAGAUUUACUGUCAUUCUUCGGAUUCUUCCCAUCUUUUUUAAACUGAAAAUCAAAUACCACAAACAGUUAGAGAAGGUUGCCUCAAACCUUUUAAGGGCUAUUCUUUCAGCUAUGUCUACUGACAACCUUCUAGCUGCCAUUUUGAACGAGUGUAUUAACCCCAUAAGAUCAUAUAGCAAUGAAGAGAAGCAAGAAGCCAUAGAGUUUGUCAGACAAAUAGCUCUUUCAAGAGAAGAGCGUGCGAAGGAGCGCGAGGCAAUCACAGUGCGGCAAAAGGGCAAGAGGACGCUGCGUAUGUCGAAGAGCUCUAAGUACAGAUCCAAUAGUGCACAGAUAGCAUUCAAAGACAGCCUUGCGGACUUCUUCGUCCUUCUACAAGAGUUAAGUGCGUACGGGAAAACCAUUGAACAGCAACAAGAGUUACAGACAUUUCCGCAUGACGCAGAUGACUAUGGUAUAACAGACAUUGACCAAACCGCAGAAGAAGACCAGGAGACGAACACUAUUGACUUCAAGCCGCCGACAAGCGUUGGGUCAGGGCAAGACACUGCUCCAGAGGAGCCUAAGCUAAAGAGAACCCGUGCAAAGGACCGCUUCCUUGAGUAUAUGCCGCACGUGCCAUCCGCUUUACUUAGUAUUGCUCCUAGCUUGCAUAUGAGUGUCUGCAUUAUAGCCAGCUACAUCCUGGAAAACGUCUACUUCAUAUUAUUCCUGAAACGCCUCUUACAAUACUUGCAUUUUUCAAGAGCAAAACAGAGACCUGCAGACUACACGCCAUCACAUAUCCGUUUCCACCAGCUCAGUGUACAGGAAAAGCUAGAAUUACUUAACUAUUUCAUUCACCAGGUGUCAGAGACAGAAAACUAUCACAUUUACCAAGCCCAGGAACAAUCGUACAGUGAUUCCAUAGAAUCUAUGUCGAAGGAGCUUGAAAGCGCACUAUGUCUGCACUUUUUGAAGACCCGCAGAGAAACACGGAAGCAUGAGCUUGAUGGGCACAAGCAUAAGUAUGAGGAAAAGCUGAACGAAGCCAGGGAUCUGUGUCUUGAGAAGGCUAAGAUCGUCAAUACCAAGUGGAAAGAGUUUGCAGAGCUAAUUGGCGUUACUACAAAGAAGCUAAUUGAUGCUAAUUUAGUGUUUGAAGAGCUGGACGCAGACGGUUUAAGCGCUCUAUCGGUCGACGAUCCUGUCGCAUACCAGAAAUACGCUGGGUUCCAGACUCCAGAGCAUGUCGAUACCUUGAAAAAGUUGAUGGACACUAAGGGUGGUACGGUAACCUUGGCAAAUCAACAGAUACGAGGUUUCAAUAUGCACUUGAUACGUGCCAUAGGAUCGUGCACCUCUGCGCUUAACAAAUACAGAGAGUUAAAAAGAGUAGCCAUUAGCAAUCAGAAGUUCAAUCAUUUGUAUCACGAGCGAUUGGAUUACCAGCAAUUCAAGGCCCUUCACAUCAUGAUCAACGCAGAGAUGGAUAACAAGAUGUGCGCAUUAGACACAGCGGACAUCCACACUGAUUGGUACAUGAAUCAGUUCUUUCUGCUUCCCGCAGAGUACGGAUAUUUGACAACUGCAGAUCUUAAUUAUAUGGUUAUGUUCUCUGAUGCGUUUAUGAAGCGUAACGAGCUUUCAUACAAAUUUAGGAUGCUAUCUCACAGACAGAUGUUGAGGUAUGCUGAUCAGCUUGGUGCCACGCCGCGGGAGAAGAUGCUGAAGGAGUGGGUGAAGCAAAUGGAUGGGCUCAUCGCCAACUAUCGCCUGUCCACUGCCGUCAAGAGCAUCAUCAGAAAGAUGAACACUGCCACGCAUGGCUAUGAGACCAUUCAGAAGAUUAUCGGCACUACAGACAUUGACACUGUUAACAGAUGGAUGGCAGAGUAUGAAGAGAGACGCGAAAAAUCAGGGGUAGAUUCGGCCCAGAAAACAGAAAAGUACACUACAGAACGCAUAAUGAAGCGGAUGGAGCAGAUGGGUGUCCCCAAUUUCUCAACCAAACGAGCUUACCUCACAUCUAUCGCUGGAACACUCCGGUUGUCCCACCACGGGAUACACUCGUUUCUUAAGCACGAUGCAUCCGCACUCUAG